AUGAAGAAUCCAAUUGUUGAUCUGGAAUUGAGAGUGGACAAGUUAAUUGAUCACCGAAGAAGAGAUUGGAAUUUGGAUCUGCUGCGUGAACUUUUCUUUCCAGCUGAUUUCAAUCUCAUCAUUUCUCAUAAGCCAGUCAUAUCCAUGGCUGAUCAUCGUGUUUGGAUGCACACAAAGAGUGGCGAUUACUCAGUCAAUUCUGGUUAUUGGCUUGCUAAUCAACUCAAACAUGCGGAUUUGAUCAGGGAGGCCAGUACGCUCCCUUCUCUGAAUGGGAUUAAAAGUCAGGUCUGGAAUUUAAAAACUAGUCACAAGAUCAAACUGUUUCUUUGGAGGGUUUUGUCUGGUGCGACUUCAGUAGCUGAGAAUUUGGCUCACCGUGGAAUGGAAGACGAGGCUAAUCUUUGGUCUCUUGCUCAGUGCAUUGAUGUAUCAUCGUUGUCUCUACAGAAUCCUUUAGCUAGAGAGGAGGUGAAGUGGAUGAGACCACCUGCACCAUGGCUUAAGUGUAACAUUGGUUGUUCUUGGUCAAAGCGUAAUCGUGUUGGUGGUUUCUCGUGGGUUCUAAGGAAUGAUAGUGGAGUUGUUUUGAUGCAUAGUAGAAGGUGGCGAUCGUAUGUUGCUCUGGGAGCUCCAGUUUGGUUGGUUGAUUUGUUCACCGAAGAAGGAGGGUAG